AUGAAGGGGGACAAGCGCGAGGAGCAGGGGCCGGGCCCCGAACCUGCUGCGCCCCAGCAGCCCACGGAGGAUGAGGAAGCGCUGAUUGAGUUCCACCGCUCCUACCGCGAGCUCUUCCAGUUCUUCUGCAACAACACCACCAUCCACGGCGCCAUCCGCCUGGUGUGCUCCAAGCACAACCGCAUGAAGACAGCCUUCUGGGCCGUGCUCUGGCUCUGCACCUUCGGCAUGAUGUACUGGCAGUUUGGGCUGCUCUUUGGGGAGUACUUCAGCUACCCGGUCAACCUCAACAUCAACCUCAACUCCGACAAGCUUGUCUUCCCAGCCGUCACCGUCUGCACUCUCAAUCCCUACAGAUAUCCUGACAUUACAGAGCAGCUCAAGGAGCUGGACAGCAUCACCCAGCAGACGCUCCUCGACCUGUUCAAAUACAACGCCAGCACCCUGGAGGCCCAGCCCCGCCACAGGCGCGACGUCCGCCCGCCCCUGCCGCACCCCUUGCAGCGCCUGCGGGCUCCGCCCCCGCGCCUCGAGGCCCGCCGAGCGCGCAGCUCCGCCUCCAGCGUGCGGGACAACAGCCCCGAAGUGGGCAGGAGAGACUGGAUGAUCGGCUUCCAGCUGUGUAACCAGAACAGAUCGGACUGCUUCUACCAGAGGUACUCGUCGGGGGUGGACGCGGUGCGAGAGUGGUACCGCUUCCACUACAUCAACAUUCUGUCCAGACUGUCCGACACGUCGCUGUCCCGGGAGCAGCUGGGCAACUUCAUCUUCACCUGCCGCUUCAACCAGGCCUCUUGCGGCGAUGGGAAUUACUCUCACUUCCAUCACCCGAUGUAUGGGAACUGCUACACUUUUAAUGACAAGAACAAUUCCAGCCUCUGGAUGUCUUCCAUGCCUGGGAUCAACAAUGGGCUGUCACUGACACUGCGCACGGAGCAGAAUGACUUCAUCCCGCUGCUGUCCACGGUGACUGGGGCCAGGGUGAUGGUGCAUGGGCAAGAUGAGCCUGCCUUUAUGGAUGAUGGCGGCUUUAACUUGCGGCCCGGUGUGGAGACCUCCAUCAGCAUGAGGAAGGAAUCCCUGGACAGACUGGGGGGUGAUUAUGGCGACUGCACCGAGAAUGGCAGUGACGUCCCCGUUAAGAACCUUUAUCGUUCCAAGUACACACAGCAGGUGUGCAUUCACUCCUGCUUCCAGGAGAACAUGGUCAAGGAGUGUGGCUGCGCCUACAUCUUCUACCCACUGCCCGAGGGCGUGGAGUACUGUGACUACAGGAAGCACAGCUCCUGGGGCUACUGUUACUAUAAACUCCAGGACGCCUUCUCCUCGGACCGCCUGGGCUGUUUCACCAAGUGCAGGAAGCCGUGCAGUGUAACCAACUACGAGCUCUCUGCGGGUUACUCGCGAUGGCCCUCGGUGACGUCCCAGGACUGGGUCUUCCAGAUGCUGUCGCUGCAGAACAACUACACGGUCAGCAACAAGAGAAACGGGGUUGCCAAGCUCAACAUCUACUUCAAAGAGCUGAACUACAAAGCCAAUUCUGAGUCCCCCUCUGUCACGAUGGUCACCCUCCUGUCCAACUUGGGCAGCCAGUGGAGCCUGUGGUUCGGCUCCUCCGUGCUGUCCGUGGUGGAGAUGGCUGAGCUCCUCUUCGACCUCUCAGUCAUCACAUUUCUCAUGCUGCUGCGGCGGUUCCGCAGCCGCUACUGGUCUCCUGGCCGGGGGGCCGGCGGGGCGCGGGAGGUGGCCUCCUCGCCGGCGUCCGCCCUGCCCUCCCGCUUCUGCCCCCACCCCGCGUCCCCGUCCUUGCCCCAGCCUGGCCCCACGCUGCCCCCGGCCUUGACAGCCCCACCACCUGCCUAUGCCACCCUUGGCCCCUGCCCGUCUCAGUCCGGCUCUGCCUGUGCCCCCGGGGAGCCCUAAGAGGAGACAGUGCCCCGCCCCAGCCAGUGCCAGGGGCAGCCUUGGCAGGAUGAAGGAUGUUUGGGGCUUUCCCUCAGAGCUGCCCAACUCCCAUGGUGGGCAGGGAAGGGGCCCCGGAAGUUGUCCAGAGAGCAGCGGCCAGUGAGGCUGCCCGGUUCUCCUUGGUCCUCCUCUGAACACUGGCGUCCCCUCCCAAGUGCAGGCUGAGCCAGACUGGGAAUGCUGGCAAGGAACUUUUCUAGGAAACGACCAACAGCCAAACACAAACAAAAGCCCACAAAGGCGUGCACAGGACUCCUACGCAAUGGUGACCGAUGGCCGGAGCCAGCCCCGGCCUGGCCUGCGGGCCACAGAUGUCUGCUCUUGCUCUUGAACUGGAGUGGGGAACCCCACCCAAAAGCCCCCUUUAUUCGUUCUUGGGCAAUUCCCCUUCCCUGGCUCGCCAGGGUGAAGGCUGGAGCAGAGCCGUGUGGUACAGGCCGGGCCACUCCCAGGCAGUCCCAGGACUUCCAGCCACAGGCCCCAUGCCCUCUAAGAGCCGUGCGGACCCCAGUCCUGUGCCCUGCAUACCCCUGCAAGGCCGCUCAAGCCAAGUCUUCAUUCCGGAAGUUUCCCCAUCGACUCCUGGACAACUGUGCAUCCCUUAGAACCCUGCACCGAAACUGUGACUCCCAUGUCGGUGUCAUCCCUCUCCCCUGCUUGUCUUCCACCUGCCCUCUGGGCUGCCAUGGCCCACAUCGGCCUCAGUACUGUCAUCGCAGCGUGUUGCCUUGUUCACUUCUGUGGGCCUCCCCAGUUAGACUGUGAGCUCCUUGUGGCCAGGAACUGAGUCUUGUCCAUGAAUGUGUCUCAGGUCUGGCCCUGUGUGCUGCUUGCAGCAAGUAGGCAGGUGCUCAAUACACAUGUGUUGUA